GUUCUAUGGUUCUCUUCUCCUUCAAUUUUUGAAGUCCGGUAAUUUUCUCUUUUCAUUUGGACUUUUGAGAAGAAAUAACCUCUUCUCGGUCCAUUGAAGCGGCCACCAAGUUGAUUUAACAAAUCAACUACUUUCAAGAACAUCUAUUGAAACUAUCGAACAUCAUGACCUACGGCGACGGUGGAUUCAAAGGCCGCGAAAACGGUUAUGGUGGCGGCGGUGGCCGUAGCUAUGGGGGCUCCAGUGGUGGGGGAGGUUUUAGGGGCGGUUCUGGCGGUGGGGGCGGUUUCCGUAACUCCAACUCAGGGGGUGGCUAUAGGAACGGUGGCGGCGGCGGCGGAGGUUUCGGAGGUGGGGACAGAUUCGGCAACUUGAACAACCAAGGGUUGAGACAAGUAGAAUGGGGCCGCAAAUCCCUGCAACCCUUCAAGAAGGACUUUUAUGUCCCUCACCCUAUCAUUGCUAACAGGUCUGCUUCCGAGGUGAACCAGUUUCGUGACAAGCAAGAAAUCACCGUGGAAGGUGAUGUACCUAACCCCAUUCAGAACUUCAACGAAGCUAACUUUCCUGACUAUGUUUUGAGUGGAAUUAAGAGUCAAGGGUAUGAACAACCUACUGCUAUUCAAGCACAGGGUUGGCCUAUUGCCAUGAGUGGCAGUGACAUGGUUGGAAUUGCACAAACUGGUUCGGGGAAAACCUUGGCUUACAUCUUGCCUGCUAUCGUCCAUAUCAACAACCAGCCCCAGAUCAGCCGUGGAGAGGGCCCCAUUGCCUUGGUCCUAGCCCCCACUAGAGAGCUCGCCCAACAAAUCCAACAGGUUGCCAAUGAUUUUGGCAGCACCACCUAUGUCAGGAACACUUGCGUUUUCGGUGGAGCUCCGAAGGGGCCUCAGGCUCGCGACUUGGAACGUGGUGUUGAAAUCGUUAUCGCCACACCUGGCAGGCUUAUCGAUUUUCUGUCUAAAGGCACCACAAACCUGGAACGAUGCACUUAUCUGGUUUUGGACGAGGCUGAUAGGAUGCUGGACAUGGGAUUUGAGCCCCAGAUUCGCAAGAUUUUGGGCCAAGUCAGGCCGGACAAACAGACGCUCAUGUGGUCUGCUACUUGGCCCAAGGAGGUGAAGAAGCUGGCUGCAGACUUCAUGAAUAACCCCAUUCACAUCAAUGUUGGGUCUCCGAAUCUCUCAGCCAAUCAUAAUAUCAUGCAGAUUGUUGACGUGUGCCAAGAGCAUGAAAAGGAACAAAAAUUAGGAAAUCUCUUGCAAGAGAUUGGUAACAAUGGCGAGCCAGGCGCGAAAAUAAUCAUCUUUGUAGAAACGAAAAAGAAGGUCGAAAAUAUCACAAGAGGUAUUAGACGUUAUGGUUGGCCUGCAGUAGCGAUGCAUGGUGAUAAGAGCCAACAGGAAAGAGAUUAUGUGCUUAGGGAGUUCAGAUCUGGUAAAGCCACCAUUUUGGUUGCCACCGAUGUGGCUGCUAGAGGAUUAGGAAAAGGUCACACGAAACAUCCCAACUCAUCGACUAACCUGGUUCUAACUUGUACAUUAAGGAAAAAAGACCUCCAUGUGCAGCUAGAAGAGGACGAGCACGAAUCCUUCGUCCUGUCGACGAGUUCCAGCCAAGCAGGCGAAGCUGGAGACCAGGACUUCUAUACCUCCGGUGCUGACGACAACAGGGAGACCUGGGGCUCCAACACGGACUUCUUGCUUUCCAUCAUCGGGUUUGCUGUCGAUCUGGCCAACGUGUGGAGGUUCCCGUACUUGUGCUACCGGAACGGAGGAGGUGCCUUUUUAGUUCCUUACACGUUGAUGUUGGUAUUCGGGGCAGUACCAUUGUUCUACAUGGAACUUUUACUAGGACAAUUUUACAGACAGGGCCCGAUUAGUCUUUGGAGGAUAUGUCCUCUAUUCAAAGGAGUUGGAUUUUGUGCUGUUCUGGUAUCCUUUUAUGUAUCUUUCUACUACAAUGUUAUCCUUGCUUGGGCCCUCUAUUUCAUUGGAUCUAGUAUAACAUCAGAUUUGCCUUGGAUUCAUUGUAAUAAUACGUGGAACACCGAUAUUUGUUGGGACAGUAUGAAUCCCAAUGCAACGAAAAUCAUCAAGUUGAUCAACGACACUGGCAGGAAUAGCAGACAUACUCCUGCUUCUGAAUUUUUCAAUCGUAAAGUUUUGGAAAUGCAGUGGAGCGAUGGUCUACACGAUAUGGGCUAUCCAAAAUGGCAGCUAGUGGUGUGUCUCAUGAUUAUAUACUGUUUGUUGUACAUUUCCCUGUUCAAAGGAGUCAAAUCUUCAGGAAAAGUCGUUUGGGUCACAGCAACAAUGCCUUACGUUGUGCUGACUAUUUUAUUAAUAAGAGGGCUGAUGCUGCCUGGUGCAAUAUCUGGGAUAUCCUAUUAUCUCCAACCUGAAUUGUCCAAGCUGAAAGAGACACAGGUUUGGAUGGAUGCUGCUGUACAAAUUUUCUAUUCAGUUGGAGCUGGUUUUGGUGUUCACCUUUCUUAUGCAAGCUAUAAUACUUUCCACAAUAACUGUUACAGGGACUGCAUAAUAACCACCAUCAUCAACUGUUUCACAAGCUUCUUCUCUGGGUUUGUGAUAUUCACCUAUCUGGGAUAUAUGUCUUAUAAGCAGGGUGUUCACAUCAGUACGGUUGCAACUGAAGGACCUGGGUUGGUGUUUCAAGUGUAUCCAGAGGCAGUUGCUACGUUGCCAGGUUCCCAAUUAUGGUCCAUAUUGUUCUUUUUCAUGCUGAUAAUGUUAGGUGUAGACUCCGCUAUGGGUGGACUGGAAUGUGUGAUCACUGGUUUGAUGGAUGAGUUUUCAGGGUUCUUCAGGAAUAGGAAAUAUUCUAGGGAAAUAUUCACGUUCUGCAUCAUCAUUUGUUCAUUUAGCGUUGCCCUGAUCAAUGUAACACCAGGAGGUAUCUAUAUGUUUCACCUGUUCGACACCUAUUCAGCUGGAAUAUCUCUGCUUUGCUCAGCAAUUUUCGAAGCUGUUGCUGUUUCAUGGUUCUAUGGAUUGGACAGGUUUUCCCAAGAUGUAGAAGCUAUGCUAGGAUCGAAACCAGGACUGUAUUGGAGAAUUUGUUGGAAAUUCAUCAGUCCAAGUUUUAUAAUCUGUGUGGUUAUGUUUGGACUAUUUCACCAUCAGUCACUCCAAUACAACGAAUACUUUUACCCCCCAUGGGCUGAAUGGGUUGGUUGGGGCCUGACAUUAUCGUCGAUCAUCAUGAUACCAUUGUUCGCAAUAAUACAAAUAAUCAAGACCAAAGGUACUUUCAAGGAGAAAUUAGCAUUGAGUAUCUCGCCACUGGAAGAACAUGAAGAAAUUAGAAGAAGUAAGCUAACAAGUAGAUUCAAAGCCAAACAUUGGUUGUACGUAUAAGGUAGUCCAAUACUGAAACCAUAUACAAGUUAUGUCAGAAAUUGAAGGAUUAAACGAUCAGUAUUGAGAUAUAUCUUGUUUGGAUGCAAUUGAAUUCAAACACUCCCUGUAGUUGGUCAGAGUGGUCAAAUGAAAGGAAGUGUUGUAGCCUUCAGCAUUUCUUUGUUUGAUACCAUUUUGUAAUUUUUGAGACCAGAUAAUUUCUAUGACUACCUGUAGCCACUUUAUUUAUGGUAAUCGAUUUUGGUACACUUUAUUGGAAUAUACUGUACAUACUUUUUUAUAUAACUCCCUAAAAUACUGGAUAUGUGUGGAGAAUAAUAAGAAAUUGAAUUGAGUAUGCAAUGUUCUGAAUUUGAUGUGAUGUAGUUUAACAACAAUAGUACCAAGUGUAGAAAAUGAGUUUAUAUAUAUAGAUUAACAGACGAAAAUUAGUAUAGAUAAGGACUUUCUCAAGGUUUCCUAUGGAAAUUUUACUUUGUAGUUCUAACUAGAAAUUUUAGGACAAAAACAUUAUCGAAUAUGGUGUAUACUCCUUCUAGGGAUCCAUCUUUGAUGUGAAUAAAAUCAAAAUUCUCUAACAGAAUUGAUGAACAUUUUCAGUUUUUGUAAUAGGAAAUAUUAGUAUCUUGAGCUGAAUGGUACUAAUGUAGAUCAAUAUUUAUUGUAGAGAAUAAUAUUUGUUCUAUGCAUUUUUAAAAAUUUUAGGUUUAUAAUAAAGAUUUAUUGUGAUAUCAAAAUUUUCAAUGAAUGCCUUCCUUGUUGAAAUAUUUUGAUUAGAGCCUAUAUAUUAUUGAAUUGUUGUUCGAGAGUUUGUAAUAUAAUAUAGUUAUAUAAAAAUUGU